AUGGAAUUGCUCCCUUUGCGAAGUGGAAGGCGGCUUCAAAGUCUGUCGAAGCUUUCACGCUCAAUCCUGUGGUUGCUUUUGGCGCGCAUAGUGUAUAGCUUGCAGCGGAGAUUGAGGAGUUCCUGCAUCCCAAGAUCCUUGCAGCCCGAGAAGAAACCCUUCAUGGCCUUCUCUGGAUCUGGCCUUCUCCUAGGCUAUUUUCAUGGCAUCGUCACAUACAUACGAGACCAUUUCUAUGUUGAGAACCUGCAGCUCUCGGGAAUCAGUGGAGGCUGCUCAACAAUUCUUGCACUCGCCAUGGGCAUUGAUUUGUAUCAGAUCCUUCUGUUGGGCUUACACAUGAAACAAAUAUUUUUGAAGAAGGGUAUCUACUGGCAUGACUUUGAGGACAUGGUGGAAUUUACCAUGCAACACUGGAAGCAGAUUGGAAUCUCAGAUGAAGAUGUGGCCGAGCUUGCUGCUAGAAAGCAGUGCCACAUAGGAGUUACAAAGUGCUUUCCACCUGGGCAUUGCUGCAUUGAAACUCCUCACACACUUCGGGACCUGGUGGCUUUGGUGCUCUCUUCGAUGAGCGUCGUGCCGUUCUUCCGCACACCUGGUAUUUACGAAGGAAAGUACUACAUUGAUGGUGGUUUCUCAGCAAUGUACUCCGUUCCUCCUGGUCAACGGUGGGACGAGGUCAUCAAGGUCACUUGCUUCCCCUGGUGGGCCACAUUGUUUCCUCCUGCACUGGGCAUAGCUGAUAUUCAGCCUUAUCGCUUCAUGCCUACCGAAGUGUUUGUGCUUUACCCGUGGGAGCACCAACGAGAGCUGAUCAAGCAGGGCUACGAGGAUGCCAAGCUUCAGCAUGACCAGCUAGUUGCCAGAGGAUUGCGCCCCUUGCCAAAUGCACCCUUGACACCAUGGUCUGAAUGGGAAAGCCUCUUUGCGGGUAUUGAUGAAAACAAUUUGCCGCCCUUGAGUUCACAGCGCUCCACUGUGGUGGCAUCGGAGAUGGAGAAGCACCACUAUGAAGUUCUUCGCACAUUUUCGCAGUCCGACUUGCAUGAUGUCCUGAAGGGCCCCAGGCUACGACGCUUUGACUGUGCAGGUUUGCGAGCUCACAUCGUUAACAUCACUCGAUGCCAGCAAAAGCUUCAAAUCUUGGACCUGCAACACAACCCUGAGCUGACGUCUGUGUCAGAGAAGAGGUCCAGGCCUGCUAUUCUUGAGCGGCGAAAUGCAGCUAGCCUCUGGUUGGCUACACUUCUGAAGUUUGGUGAAUUACGAGAUCUUCGCAUUCGUUCUGAGAAAGAUGACGGAUACAAGAAGGAUUUGCUAAGGCAGCUGCAGUCUGAUGAGCUAGAUUUCUCUGAUUUGCAACUACGGGCAAUUCCUUCGAGUUUAAAGGGCCUUACCACCAUGCGACAGUUGAAAGCAAAACGAAAUGAGAUUGAGGCGUUCCCAGCAGAGCUUUGCUCCUUGAAGAAGCUGCAAUUCCUGGACCUGUACAGUAACAAAUUGACAGGCUUGCCUUCCAACAUCGGCAAAUUGGAAUGCCUCACAGAGCUGGAUCUCUCAAACAACUUGCUUGUGGAGCUUCCAGAGAGUCUUGGAGAUUUGACUCGCCUUGCAAGGUUGGAGGUUGGUCAGAACAAAUUGAGCAGCUUACCAAAGAGACUUAGCAAGUUGACUUGCUUGACAACAUUGGGGCUCAGGACAAAUCUCAUCAAUGAUUUGCCAGACAAACUGGAUGAACUGCAAGUGCUCAAGACUCUCGAUCUCAGCGGAACUCCUCUUGGAAAGUCACUUCAAUUGCCCCAGCACGGACACUGUCCACUAAGACGAACGCUGUAUCUUAUGAACAAGUAUGACGCCUUGCGGGUGAUCAAGCUUCAUAGGUCACAGAUGAGUGCUCUACCAGAUGAUCUGGCUUCGUGGGGGCAAGGACCUCCGCCAAAGCCACCUCCAGCUAACUCUGCACGUUUCAGUCGAACGGACUUUUCAAAAGGCAGUGGGACGGACAAGGAACCUUCUGGCUACAACCGCUUUUUCGGUGCUACAUUUGGAGAAGAUGAGGACAUCCCCUGCUUUGCCAAGAGGCGCUCAGCCCGAGAGGAGGCUGGUGAGGACUCCAACCUGUUUGAGGCUGGUUGGGUAUGCACACAGUUUGGUUUGAACGAGCAAAUAUGACCCGUAUGACCAUCCACAACAGAAUCUAUUCGAGUAUAUUGACGAAUCCUGUGAGUCACGUGCACUGAAUUUUGUCAUUGCUAAGUUUUGACAUGUUUUGCCAACCUUUCAACGUUGGAUUAAAGUCGGGCGAUCGUUUGAAGAUGUUAAUGUGAAUUCCAGGUGACCACAGAACUGGCCGACAUUGAAGAUGGCCUUUGGAGAUAAUCCCCCAAGAAUCCAACAAACAAGCAAGUUUCAAAAGCACAUUGACCCAGAUUUCCU